AUGAAUCACAACAAACGAACACAUCUCACUUUUUUUGAUGAAUUUCGUUUGAAAUUUCAAGCUUUUUGGUAUUGUAAUUACUUUCACGGACUAUUGGUCGAAUGGAACUUAUGGUUUGUUAAGUGUAAAAGUAUGAUGAUUUUUAUCGUUUUUCAUUUUUUUUGCUUUUAAAACAUAUUGAUUAUCUUUUAUGUUAUUCUUUGUAUGUAUUAUAUUAGGGGCCGACAUAAAGAACCCGCCAUACUUUGUCUGUAAUUUCCUGUAAUAAAUGGCGGGCUCUUUAUGUCGGCACCUAAAACAUCAAAAGUUAUGUUGUUUUAAGUGUCAAAGCCAGAAGAUGUGACUGUUCAUCCUCUACAGACAUCAGAAAAUGAUUCUGAGGGUACUGCAAGUAGUCAAAGCUUGAAUGGUUUACCAUUAGAGUUACAAUCGCCUGAUAAUGCAGUACCAGAACUAUCUACCACUACUACUAGCGAUAUUUUACGGCCCAGUACUACAGUAACUCCCACAGGUUUACACACAACUUCUGCGACAACUACUACUUCAACAACUUCUACUACAACUACUACUCCAGUAGCCUUAACUGUACCCACAGUAAUCUUCUCUACUGAACCUAAUGUUGAACUAUGUGAUAAUGGCCUACCUGAUAUUGGACUACUUGAUACUGAACUAUCUGAUGUUCAACUACCAGACAAUAGCCUACCGUAUAAUCAACCCCGCCUUCAACCGUUGCCAUAUGAAUUGAUACCAUCAUGUCCUCAGUAUGACGAGCUCUAUCCGCCGACUUCAAAAUACAACUGCAAUUUUAAAAUUUUAGGAUUUUUAACUAAAAUUGAAAUUGAGAAACAGGCUUCUGUGGCCACAGAAGCUGGCUUACCGUCUGUAGUGAGAUUCAGAGGAAAAGAUUAUAACUAUCCGGCAAUGGUUGGGAGGAUGGAGCUUACGGUAAGUGGCAUAAAUUUUUUUUAUUUUGAAAAUUCAAAUAAAAAUUGAAGUCAUAGCCAAUUUUGCUUUAAUUUUUCGGCCGCGGUCUGCCGUUGACAUGUUAUACGAAAAGCGAAAAUUUCAAAAGUUUAAAAAUUUUUAAAAAAAUAAAAAUAUCGUAUUUUAGGCCAUUUUCAAAGCCCUAUCAGUGAUAAACUUCUUUUCCGUAUUAUAUCUCUUGGCUGUGUUAACAAAUUCACGUGUAGAUUACUUAAACAUACUCGUAUUGAAUGCACUGUUCUUACUGAUAUCAGCUGUCAUAUUUGCAAACACAGCCUUCAGUAAAAGAAAAAAUAAUCUGGAAAAUGACCCUGUUAUUAGUGUAAGUUAAACUAGCUUUGGUAUACUUUUAAACCGACUUCUAACCCAAAAAAAACUUUUUUAAAACGGUUUUUGGAUUUGAAUAAGGUGCACAGUGCAGUCAGUUUUAAAGUCAUUUUUUGACAUUAUGUGUAAACUUUUUUUUGCAUUUUCAAAAAUAAAGUAUUUUUUAUGUUAGGCUAGUCAUAUAAAUUGUAAAUUUUUAAUUUUUAAAUCAUUGCGUCAUCAGUUAUAAAACAUUUAAAUUUUUGCACUGUGCAGUCAUUUUGACAGUCGUUUUUGACAUUAUGUGUAAAAUUAUUUUAAAUUUUGCAGAAUAAUGAUUUUUAUGUUAGGCAUAAAAAUCACGAUUUUUUCAUUUUCAAUAAAUUGCGUCAUCAGUUAUCAGACGAUGUUUUUUUUGCACGGUGCAGUCGAAUUAACAAUCUUUUUUGAUAUAUUAUGUAAACCAGAAGUUUUUAAAAACAGCCAGUUUUAGUUUACAUGGAUAUUCAUAUCGCUAGCAUUUACAAUCCAUAAUGUGUUAUCAGACAAAAGUUCACUGACAUUCAACAUUAUAUUACUCAUCUUUCACGUAUCAAACUACAUUUAUAUCACCAACGUUUCAAGCUACACCAAUGUCAAGUAUUGUUGGCUAUCAAAACCAAGUGUCAUAGAUUCUACAACGUACUUUACACCUCUCGACCAGGAUUACUUUUAUUGGCAUGAAAUAUUUUCAUUUAAAGGUCUAGGUAUCAGAGAAAAACUGAAUAUUCAUGGUUACAGUAACUGCUUCAUGAACAUUGCUUUUGUGGGUGUGUCGGGAUUAUACUAUGGUAGAAAUAUAGAGUAUAAAGCGUCUUUUAAUGAUGUUGUUUUUGGGAUUUGGUCCGUUUUGGCUAUCAACUGUAUGAGUGAACUAAGGACAUAUACUUAUCAAGAUACCACAAGGUUUAAGUACUCUAUGGUAAGAAUUUUUUUCCAUUUUAUAACCCCAAAUUUCAUUUUCUAAUACCUACUUUCUUGUCCAAACCCAAAUAUAAUUUCAGCUCUACAUCGCAGUAUUCCAAUUCAUUCCAAUCAUAACAUCAAGAAGUAUUGACGUAGCUUUACCAGCAUUAGUGCCUUUAUUUAUUGCAAUGGUUAUUGCUUGGCAAAAUAUUGUCUUUUAUGCCAUGUUGGCCAGGUUUUAUGAAUUGACCACAAACCAAUACGAAAUGGCAACAUUUAACGUCCCGGCGGCUGCUUAUGGCACUAUGAAUAAUAUAACUAGAAGUAAUAAUACUAAUAGUGGUGACAGAUAG